AUGGCCAUGAGAAAGAUUAGUUAUUCUAUCGGGAUGAGAAACUAGAACCCUGAAGUGAUGUGAUUUUGAAAACUAAACAAUCUUAGUAAAUAUGGGCCAUAGUGUGGCUAAAUAAUUUAGCAAUUAUUGGUAGCUCAAGAUUAAAGAAACACUUUUAUCAAAUGUUUUGCUGAAUAAGACCAGACCAGUAGUUGCUGUUGCUACAUUCAUAUAGUUUUUUGGGUAUCCAAAUUUCGGUUCAUUGGCGACAGAACCUGUUAAAAUUGGAUCACCAUCUUUUAUUUUAUGUUGGCCUUUUGAAACCUCAUUUUCAUUGACAUCGAUAUACCAACUGUUAUUUCAUUUUAAUGGGUGGGCUUGGUGCUGAUGUAUUAAAUACACAAUUAAUUGUGCCAUCAUAUUUUAUGCUUUUAGUCUAUGCUUUAUAUUAUUGUUUUUUUAUGCUGCAUAGAUCAGAUAUAACUGACCUUUAAUCUGUCAGAAGCUAUGAUAGAUACAAUUGCGUAUCAGUAGUUAUCUCGUAACCAGGAAGUUAAUGAACCUUCUUAAUGCUGGGUGUUUGUAUUGUUAGUCAUACAUUUUACUGCUUCCACAGACUACUUAUCACUUUUAUGCUUUGACUGUACAGUCCAUUUACUUUCUCCUGAACUGUGCUGUUAUUUUGCUGUACGUUAUUAAGAAUGCCACGAUGUCAUACAGACUGUAUAGAGAGACCUCUCUCUAUUGCCUUUGGUAAGCUUGGUAAGCUGGUGGGAAGGUACCCUUGGUGGUUCCUAAUCAUUCCUAUGGCUCUUGCUGCUGGGUUGGGAGCUGGCUUUUACUUUUUGCCUCAGAGGAAAGCAAGUAACAUAGAAGGUCAAUUUACACCAGUUGGAGGUCCGGCUAAAAUGGAACGAGAAUUUGUAGAAACGCAUUUUCCGACCAAUGACUCGGGGCAAUUUUCAGCACAGCGACUGUAUACAGAAGGUUCUUUUGUCUCUUUGAUAGCCGUAAGUACAUCUGAUAAUGUCAUAAAUAUUGAUACAUUCCAAGAGCUUAUGAAGCUGGAUGAGAUGGUGCGGAACAUGAACAUCACAAACCCUUCCACCAGCAAUACUCUUGGUUUCCAGGAACUUUGUGCCAAAAUCCAAGGACAAAACUGUAUCACAGCUAAUCCGCUCCUAUCUGCAGUACAAGGUAAUGUGAGUCUGAUAGAGACAAUACCUAUAAAUUAUCCCAUGUUUCAAAAUAGAACCUUUUUGGGAACAUUCCUGGGUGGUGUGACACUGAACACAAACAAUGCUGUGCAAAGAGCAAAAGCAGUCAAGUUAGUAUAUUAUCUCAGAGAAGACACAGAGAACGACAGAGAAAAUAGCCUUCAAUGGAUCAACCACUUUAUGAAAUCCAUAUCAAAUAAUAUAGAGAAAUUACACCUGAAAACUAUACAGGUGUCAUACUUCACAUCAAAUUCAAGACAGCAAGAAUUUGAAGGCAUUACAAAGUCUAUGAUUCCACUCUAUUCCGUCACAUACUUUGUUACUAUAUUGUUUUCUAUUCUAUCAUGUAUACGACUUGAUAUGGUAAGAAACAAAACCUGGGUUGCCAUAUUUGGAAUCGUUUCAUCUGGAUUGGCUGUCCUUUCUAGUUUUGGACUCUUAAUGUUUUGUGGAGCACCCUUUGAUGCCACUGUUGCAAAUGCUCCAUUUCUUAUUUUAGGUGUCGGGGUGGACGAUAUGUUCAUUAUGAUUUCCAGUUGGCAACAAACGAAGGUAAAGAAUAAGGUUGAAGAAAGAAUGGCUGAGACCUACUCUGAAGCUGCUGUCUCCAUAACAAUCACAACACUUACAGAUGUUCUAUCUUUCUACAUUGGCAUUUUGACCUCUUUCAGGUCGGUGCAGUCUUUUUGCAUAUACACUGGGACCGCCAUCUUGUUCUGUUUCCUGUUUAACAUCACAUUCUUUGGGGCUUUCUUAGCUCUGAAUGGCAGGAGAGAGGAGAAUAACAGGCACUGGCUCAUUUGUAAGACACUGGCAAAAGAGAAAGAUGCCCAUCAUUCCAAAAUGUAUAACAUCUGCUGUGUUGGAGGAACAUACGACAAAACCACUGGUAAAGAGACAGAACAUCCCAUCACUAGCUUUUUUCUUAAGCAGUAUGGCCCAUUCCUCACAAAUAUCUGGACCAAGAUCGUUGUACUACUUCUCUAUGCCGGAUAUCUGGCCAGUAGUAUUUAUGGAUGUUUUCAGGUUCAGGAAGGAAUUGACUUGCGAAAUUUAGCCAUUGACAGUUCUUACGUUCGUUCUUUCUAUGAUGACGAUAAUUUGUAUUUUUCAGAGUAUGGCCCAAGAGUUAUGGUGGUGGUGACUGAGGAGGUUUCAUACUGGGAUUUAGAUACAUAUAACAAAAUUGAGACAUGUAUAGACUCAUUGAAAAAUGUCUCCUAUGUUACUGAAGAUCUUUCCGAGUCCUGGUUAAAGUCAUACAUGGGCAUUGCUACACUUUCAAGAUUGGACAUAAGUGAGAAAAGUUACUUUAUGGGGAAUUUAUCUAAACUUUUUCAGUUUUUUCCAGAUUUUAAACAAGAUGUGAUCAUCCAGUCAGGAGCUAUAAUAGCUUCUCGAUUCUUCAUCCAGACUGUAAAUGUCACCUCAGCAGUGGAUGAGAAAAACAUGUUAAACCAAGUCCGAGAUACAGCAAAGCACUGUGAGAUUCCGGUUCUUGUCUAUCACCCAGCAUUUAUAUAUUUCGACCAAUAUGCCGUAAUCAUAGAGAACACCAUACAGAAUGUAGCUGUUGCGGCAGGUGCCAUGUUUCUGAUUUCAAUCCUGCUAAUUCCAAACCCUCUGUGCUCCUUGUGGGUGACAUUUACCAUAGCAUCUAUUAUAGUGGGUGUUACAGGCUUCAUGGCUUAUUGGAAUGUGAACUUGGAUUCCAUCUCCAUGAUCAACCUUGUCAUCUGCGUUGGUUUCUCCGUAGACUUUUCGGCACACAUUGCAUAUGCAUUUUUCUCCAAUGACAAAACCCUAGUAAAUGAAAGAGCGAUCGAUGCAUUACAUUCUCUGGGUUAUCCUAUAGUACAGGGUGGUUUGUCCACCAUCCUGGGGGUGGUAGUCCUCUCUGCAGCUCAGAGUUACAUCGCUAGAACAUUUUUUAAGAUCAUAUUCCUUGUUAUUGCUUUCGGAAUGUUACAUGGUUUGGUUUUUCUUCCUGUGUUUUUAACAAUUAUUGGAAAUUGUGGCAUAAAACCUGAUAAAAACACAAAGAUAAAGGCAUCUUUGGAUUUGAAAGGGAAUUUAAAGCUUAAAAAUGGUAUAGAAGAUGGCAAAAAUAUAACCGUGUGUUCUAAUCAGGCUUUUAACUAUGAUGAGAAUUACCCAAAGUAACCACAUAUUUUUAUGAUAGAUAUUAGUCAUCGAGUGAGUCUGGGAUCUGUAAACAACAUGUAUUCAAUCAGCACUUUUUUUUUUUUUAAUGACCAAUAUAUUUUGUAUUCCAUUUAUUAUGUACACAAUUGUAGAUAUCAUAUCAUAAUAGGAGUCACUGGUGCAUUUCUCUAGACAUUUAGCUUUAGUGUUCACAAUCUGAAAUAGAAGAACGUUACGUGUACAGACAACACAUGAUCUUGUUGGUGUUGACUAUCAGAUGGUGGAACAAAAUUGAAGAGAAGAUGUAAAAAAAAAGUGAAAAAAACAGUUUGAGAUAAAUAUAUAUAUAGAAUGAAAAGUAAUUACAUUACAGCAAUGAGUUCAAACUGGACCAAAGACUCAAACUCUUAAAGGGGUUAUCUAGUGAAUGUUUUAUGUUUCCAUUUUGCCUGGGCUCCAAAACUUUAGUUACCUUCUGCCGCUCCCCUGGUGUGCUGAAAUUGGUCUUCAGUCUUAAGAGCCCUGGUCUUCUUCCGCAUUCUGGGGCCAGAAAAAAGCAGACUGUGCUGAGCUCAAAGCCGUCCACAGCGAUGUCCUGCUUAGCCAGUGAUACACUGUAUCAGUGUCAUGUAACGGGCCCGGGCCCUGCCUUCUUCCUGGAGCCUGUUACAUGACACAACCACUCAGUGUAGGAUCGGUCCUGGCUGGACAUUACUGCAGCCAGUGAAAAGCUCAGCUCAGUCGGGCCCCAGAAUACGGAAGAAGACGAGGGCCUAGAAGACGGGAGACCGAUAUCGGUACACUGGGAGAGCGGCAGAAGGUUAUAGUAUGUUAUUGUUUGUUUUUGUAGCCCGGGCAGAAUGAAAACAUUUCACUGGAUAACCCCUUUAAUUGGCAUGAAAAUCCAAAAUGAGUCUCUAUUUAGAAAUGUUUUAUGCCAACUAACUGGUCUAUGUGGGUGAUUUUACUUUUUCAUGGCUUACAUUAACAAUAAUCUGUGACCUCCGCCAAUCACAGCAUCACAUUCAUUAACAUUUAACUAUUAAUGAAACAGCCAUAUUUAUGAGUCACCACAUACAUCUCAGCUAUUAAGAAAUUUCUAUAAAUCUAGAAUAUUACAUAAGCCGUUAUACACAUUGGAAAGGAUAUACGCUUUUUCAGUUUCUUUUCACCUGUGUACUGAUGUGUUUCUUGUACAGGAACUUCUACUAAAUAAAUGUUG